CAGACUACUCCGAAACCGUCGGGUCCAGCGUGAGAGAGAUAAAGUGUAAAAAACUGCCCAAACAUUGGCUCCCUAAUCUCCGUUUGGGAUUCGGGUGAAGAUUAAACAAUCAAAUUCUCUAUUGGGAGAUCGAUCGAGCUCGCUCUCGGCAUGGCCAUGGCGUUUCUUCCUCGGCUUCUCAGUUAAGCCCUCCUCUCCUUUCCAGAUGCUUCAUUUAUGCGCAUAGAGACUCGUGUAUUUGUGUGCAUGUAGUAGAAGAUCAUCUGAUGAGAUUGUUUCAUCGGGAAUCGGACACCAUUGAGAAUUCAAUCCUUGGGUCGUCCUGUUCAGAAUUGUGCUAAACGUUUGGCAAUGGAUGACAAUGGUGGCAGCAAGGCGACAGGAAUCCGGCAGAUUGCUAAGCUAAAGGAAAUCCUCCAGAAGUGGCAGUCUGUCACUCUUGGACCAAGGCCGAGCAGUCCGCCACCCGAUGCACCUCAUCAAAAUCAUGGAGGGGGCAUUUCACCGGCAGUAAAUAGGAGGCUAACCAAUGUUAUGUGUUGUGAUUCGGACGAGGACAGCUGCCAUAGCCCUGAACCACCAAUCGACGUCCCCAAAGGCUAUUUGGCUGUUUAUGUUGGGCCGGAGCUCCGGAGGUUUAUCAUUCCGACUAGCUAUCUCAGCCACUCCCUGUUUAAAUUGUUGCUGGAAAAGGCUGAGGAAGAGUUUGGGUUUGACCACAGUGGCGGGCUCACGAUCCCAUGCGAGAUUGAGACCUUCAAGUACCUUCUCAAGUGCAUGGAGAACCAUCACAAGGCUGAUCAUCCUCAUGGCAGUUCAGCUGGAGAUUCAUUAACUGUUGAAGAGUAAGUAAUUACACUGAUAUUUCUAAUUGCUCCAGAUUUUAGGGAUGAUUUUCUGGUGUAAAGCAGGGUCUCCUUGUAUGCAGAUUUUUUUUUGUUCAUUCUUUUCGUUUGCAUUGAAGUGACAAAAAUAGUAGGAAGAUUUAGUUAGAAGUUUUUCAGAUGUAUUGGGUCAUGUACCAGGACUUGGUACUCUGUAUUCUCUGUAAUGGAUUGUGACCUACGAUCUGAUGUUUGAUUGAAUAUGAAACACGUUAA